UAGGGUUGCUUGAAUCAGCUUUGUGGCGAUUGGGAGCUAGUUUUAUACAAUGUUUUGUUUUGUUUUGUUUGUUUGGUGUGGGAAACUAUCGAGGUAACAAGCGUUGUGAAUUUUAAACGCAAUUGUGAAAUAUUUUGCCACAAGUUAUACCAGUUAAUGACGAUUAACUUCCAGAUAGCCUUAAAAAUACUGUAUUUCAUGCCCCGGUUUGAAAGUCGUGUAUUGUCAACGGUUGGGUAUAUAAUUUGUGGUAAAUGUAAUAGCGAUACUGUAUGUAAGCAGUCAUGGUUCGAGGACGCAGAAACGUGAUAAGAAACAAAAAUGUCACAAUUGAUGGAAGUUCUGGAGAACCGAGGAAGAAAAGUACAAAACUUUCUCAAGAAUUCAAGGGAAGGCUCUCCCAUUCGGUGCCACGACUUCACGAUGUGGAGAUAACAAAGUAUUUCCAUCCCGACGAGCAUGAUGAGAAUUUGCCUUUAACUUUAAAAACGUCGCAGACUGAUUGUGAACUUUCAGGGCAUGAGAGUAAUACUGACUCAAAUGCCCUUGUCAAAACUGAAGAAAAAGAUGGCACUGAUUCUGAUGAAAAUAAUUCUCUUCUGACACCUCAAAAGGCACACUUUACAGAAAACAAAACACCACUGUCUCCAGCGAGUGCACUAUCUCUGCUGCAAAUUACUGCUACUCCAAAGAAAGCAACCAAAUCGAGGCGAAGGUUAAAUCCCAGCCAGAUAGCCAACCAGCAGGCACCGGCAGCAUUAGCCCCAGCUAGCAGCAGAGUCAGACCCACGUUCUGCCCACCAUCUGUCAAAGGGAAAAAAGUGACUGCACUGUUUCCUGAUUCUACUCAAAACCACAAACUUACUGAGUACUUUCCAGUGCGGCGCAGUGAACGAAAAACUAAGAAAAUUGUGCUGGAGGAAUGGCAGAAGACUAUAGAAGAAGCUAUACUUUCAGAGAAAGAAGAAGGGCUCGAGGUUCACAACUUUGAGGGAAAGGGGCGUGGUAUUGUUACGACAAGAGAUUUCCACAAGGGUGAGUUUGUAGUUGAAUAUGCUGGAGAACUCAUCAGUAUGACUGAAGCAAAAGUCCGGGAAGCACUCUAUGCACAGGAUCAGAAUACUGGCUGUUAUAUGUAUUACUUCAAGCACAAGAACACUCAGUACUGUGUGGAUGCCACAGCAGAGACAGGAAGAUUAGGGAGGCUCGUAAACCACAGUCGGAAUGGUAAUCUCGUGACAAAAACUGUGACUGUAGAAAACAAACCACGGCUUGUUCUUGUUGCUAAAGAAGACAUACCAGCAGGUGAGGAGGUGAUGUACGAUUAUGGUGACAGAAGCAAGGAAUCUAUAAGGCAUCAUCCUUGGUUGACUUCUUAGUGUUCCACGAAAUCUGAAAAGAAGAGCAUGUGUGAUGUCAUGUGCCUCAUGUAACAAUAAUGAAUACUUGAAAAAUAGAAUAAACGGUAGCUCUCAAAAGAGGGAAGAAUCUAAAAACAUUCCUUGCCUAUAUAAAAUAUGCAUGAAUUAUAACAUUUGACAGAUUCAGGAUGAAAGGGAUUUGGCAAGUUAUGCACAGACAUUU